UUCAAGCUUCGUUGACAAACCUGAAUUAAUUAUCGCAUCCAAAUAUAAAAUUAUAAUAGUUUCUUCCCAUCACCAUUCUCAUUUCUCUCAAUCUCUGAACUGAGAAUUGUUUCUUUAUUGAUACCAAGGAGAAGGAGCUAUAGUUUUAUUCAACUUGGAGAUGAUGAUGUCCACUUCUAUUUAUCACAAGGACCCAACAAGGAGGUGGUUCUUUAGCUGCUGUUUCCUUUCUACUAUUGCUAUGCUUUCUGCAGUUUUCUUCUUUGGGAGCCAGUGUGUUCUCUCUGAUUAUAAAGAGAAGUUUUUAGCAUGGGGAUUGGUUGAUGCUAUGCAAUAUACAAUAUCCAAGAACUGUGAGACUCACUGCAGGCCUGAUGGAACUGAGGCACUACCUAAAGGGAUUGUUUCCAAGACCUCUGACUUGCUAAUGCAACCAUUAUGGGGACCCCGAAAUAAAAAGAACUCAAAGUCAUCUACAAACUUAUUGGCCAUUGCAGUUGGAAUAAAGCAAAAGGAAAGUGUGAACAAGAUUGUAAAGAAGUUCCUCUCAAGUGAUUUUGUUGUGAUGCUUUUUCAUUAUGAUGGUCGCGUAAAUGAGUGGAGGGAUUUGGAAUGGAGUGGUCGUGCCAUACAUGUGUCUGCUAUGAAUCAAACCAAGUGGUGGUAUGCAAAGCGUUUCCUACAUCCUGAUAUUGUUUCUGAAUAUGCAUUCCUCUUCCUCUGGGAUGAGGACCUUGGAAUUGAAAAUUUCAAUGUUGGAAGAUACUUAUCAAUUAUUAGAAAAGAGGGACUUGAGAUAUCACAGCCAGCACUUGAUCCUGAGAACUCAGAGGUCCAUCAUGAUCUUACAGCAAGAGACAACAGAACAGAAGUACACAGGAAGAUAAACAAGUUAAUUGGUGGUGGAAGGAGGUGUGAUCAAAACAGCACGGAUCCGCCAUGCACAGGGUUUGUAGAAAUGAUGGCUCCUGUUUUUUCAAGAGCAUCCUGGCGCUGUGUGUGGCAUAUGAUUCAGAAUGACUUAGUUCAUGCAUGGGGCUUGGAUUUCCAGCUUGGUUAUUGUGCGCAGGGUGAUCGAACGAAAAAUAUCGGAAUCGUUGAUUCUGAGUACAUUGUUCAUUAUGGUCUUCCUACACUGGGGGGUUUGGCACCAAACAAGACAAAUGCAGAAGCACCUGAUCAAGCUGCUAAAACUAUAAGCUUGCCUAGUUCAGAACAACCGGCAUCGACAUCGUCAUCUCCAUCGGACCCUAGAACUGAGGUAAGGAAGCUAUCCUUUGUUGAACUGGAAAUUUUCAAGAACAGAUGGAAAAAGGCAGUUAGAGAAGAUAAUUGCUGGGAUCCAUACCAAAAGACACCACAACAGAGUAAAAACUAGUGCUUCUUAGCAGCCCCUGGAAUUUUUACCCCAAAGAGAUUGAUUUCUGACCAAUUACAGCAUUCACAAUACCUUUUAAUGUGUACUUUUUUUUUUCCUUUUCCUAACAGCCUAAUAAUGUAUGCUACUACAGUCAUAUAAACUUG